UGGGUACAGCCUCAGCCACUCCUUUUUGCUGGGCACACAGGCACUGUCCUCGAUGGCGCUGGGCCCCUGGGCCCGGGUGCAGAGGCGUUCCCGCCUGGGUUCUCCCUGCAACCGCGGGGCGGUGCCAGAGGGCCUGGGGCGGGCCUUCGAGGACAGGGUCCCUUUCGCUUUCCUUUUAUUCUCUGCAACGGCCGCGCCGCCGGUGAGGAGAGGGCACCGUGCAGGACCCCCAGCGCACGCGCAGAGACACUGGACACAACCCCUGCAAGGCGGGGCUCUGCGGUGGCGCCACGUGGCCUUGACCUCUGUGACGCCCUUGCUGCUUCAGCGGAAGCACCAACGACCACUGACUAGCAUGAAUGAGUCGCCUGGCGGCAUGCAGCCCCCUCCAGUCUGGCCCCCAAGCCCUGACGCCCUGCGCCCCUCGCCCUUUCCACACCCAGCGCUGCACGCCCUGCACACCCUGGCCCGCGCCCUGCUCUUCCCGUCCUACUGGCUGCUGGACCAGCUACUGCUCUACCUUGCGCCAUACCCCCAGCCCCGGCCGUGCAGCCGGAGUGUUCUGCGCGCCAUCGCCAGCUCCAUCGUAGUGCUGCUGCUACUCGCAUCCCUGCCCCUGGCACUACCCAGCCUACUGCUGUGGCUGCUACUGCAGGCCUGGCGCCGCCCCUUCUGCUACCAGCCCCCUCCUCAUUGCUGGACGCCCCCAGCACCCUGGCGCCCCCGGGAUGAGCCUGCCCGCUGCUUUGGCUUUCUCAGCGCCAACGUGUGUCUGCUCCCCAAUGGGCCAGCGCGUUUCAACAACUUGCAGCACAGCCAGCAGCGCGCCACUGCUGUGGGCACAGUGCUGCUCGCCCACCUGCAGGGCUCUUGCUAUGGCGCCACUGGGUGCAGCCCUCAGGCACUGGGGACUCUAGGUGGGGCACUGACAUCCAAGGUGCCGGCAGGCCUGGAUUUUGUGUGCCUGCAGGAGGUGUUUGACCUACGCGCAUCCAGGCGCCUAGUGCGCUCUCUGGCACCCCACCUGGGCCCAGUCCUGUACGACGUGGGCACGUUUGGCCUGCAGUCUGGCCCAUACCUCAAGCUGCUGAGCAGUGGGCUGCUGCUGGCCUCAAGAUACCCGCUGCUACGAGCUGCCUUUCGGGCCUUCCCUGAUGCAAGGCAAGAAGACGCCUUGGCCUCCAAGGGGCUGCUCUCCGCACAGGCACAGUUGGGCUUCCUGGACAGGCGUCGCAUCGUGGGCUUCCUGCACUGCACACACUUGGUUGCACAAAGAGAGGACGGGCCUCUGCGCUGCAAACAGAUGACACAGCUGCUGGAAUGGGUCAAGCAGUUUGAGGCUGAAAGCCGCCAGAGUGAUGAAGAGGUGGCCUUCAGUGUGUUCCUGGGUGACUUGAACUUUGACAACUGCUCUCCAGAGAAUGCACUGGAACAAGAGCACCCGCUUUUCUGUCACUUUCGAGACCCCUGCAGGCUAGGCGUGCGCCAGGACCAGCCCUGGGCCCUGGGCACCUUACUGAACACCUCAACACUGCACCAUUCAGUGGCCUGUUCCCCAGAAAUGCUAUAUAAGGCCCUGGAGCAGGAAGAAGGGCGCCACCACUACAUGGCUGGCCCACUGGGUGGAGACCACCCAUCUAAGAGCUGGAGGGGCCGGCGCCUGGACUACAUCAUGUACCGUGAGAUGCCCAGAAGCUCACUGAGCCCGGAGGUAGAACAGGUGACCUUCAGCACCGCACUGGCAGGGCUCACAGACCACCUGGCUGUGGGACUUCGCCUCCGGGUUUCUACCACUGCCUAAGGCAGGCAAGCGGGCACCAAGUCGACAUCUUUGUGGUGCAUGGAAAAAGGGACUCACGGACACAGCAUAAGCCAAGCCAGGUCGCUGCUGGGAAAAGAGCGGCCUGGAGGAUCUUUAUUGCUUGGACCCUCACACAGCUUCUUGGGCCCUGCGGUACUCAUAGACACUUCCCCUCUCUGAGAAGGCCGAGGGUUGUGGGGGUGAUCCCGGCGGUGGCGCUGGGUCCUCAGGGUCCCCAUAGCCUCCGCCGCCUGGAGUGUGCAGGCAGAAUACAUCCUGUGAAGCAGAGGCUGGUUCAGCUGGGGGUGGUCCCUCCCCACCCUCCCCCCUGUGGCCCCCAAGAGGCUCCCCCAGGCGUUCAUUUGUCUUCCUAGUGAAAUUAAACUUGGUCUCCGGUU